AGGCCAAUUAAAGUAUAUCAUUUUAAACAAACGCUCCGCAAAGCCACUCAGAAAGUCCAUCUUCCCGCAUCUAAUAGUCUCAAAGAGGAUUCUGCAAAUCUUGGCUUUUGUUUUGAAUCCGCUUUUAAAUUACAGUUCUUACCUACGUCCACCGCUGGGGAAAUCCUAAUUCACUCAAAACAUUUCACUAAGAAUCAAGCCCCAAAACCAAUUUCUUCCAUUUCAAGAUACUGGCAGAUAAAGGCAGAAACCCAUGCGACAAUUUGUACGCUUGUUCAAACAAAUACCCAGUCCAAUGGCAAUGACUCAAACAAGAUUCGACUCACAAGCCGGGUGCCGUCACAGAAAACACUUUUGGAAAACGGAAGACCGAAAGGGAACGUGACACGCCGCCUCGCCCGACCGCGCUGA